CAGAACUGAGCACAUAUGAGAGAUGGGACGUAUCUUGGUAUAUAUAAUGUUCGAACACUAAAUAUUCGAGAAACAAAAUUUCGGAUUUAGAAGGUACUAUUGUACAACUUAAUUAAUAAUUAACAAAUACUUUUAGAAUGUAGAAUAUGUGACUAAAUUCUCAAAAUUUUGAUUCGUAUCUCCGAAGAGUUCUUAGGAACAUGGUCAUUUUUAUUAUUUUUAAAAUCUCUGUACUUGACAAUAUAUACAUGUCAAUGAAUUGUUAACUUUAUAUCGCGAUAAUUAGAUUAGAAGAAAGUGACAGAUUUUAUGGAAGCAAGACGUUUCUUAAAAAUAAUCUAUUUCUACUUAACUGUUUGUUAGACAUAUCAGCGGAAUCUAUCAUUGUUUAAGUAAAAUAUGGCGUGCUUUCGAUUUGUAAUUAAAAAUAACGUGACAUCGUUAUAUCAUGGUUUAAUAAAAUGAAAUUUCGAAAGCAAACACCUCGAAAUACAAUCUCAUAAAUUGCUCAGAACCCUUCAAUUUUCAACUCGCUGUAGAAUUUAACACUGACAGAUAUGUUUGUAUUGGUUUCGAAGCUGAAUACGAAAUGAAAAGAACCAAUAGAAGAAUUCUGCGAACUUUUCUCGAACGUAGCUGGAACUUGCUCGUCGAGCAAGUCGACAGAGGAAAUUCUACGAAUUUCUCUUAACGCGAUUUUGUUAUCGCUUGAAUCUGGAAAAGACUCACAGUGGUGGACACACACAGCGAAGGUAAACCGGGUUCACGUAACAGCAGCCAACGAGCCUGGUCCGAUAACAGGAUGUUCAAACAAGCACGGCCGAGCGAGGCAUGUUCGCAGCGUUUGCAAAGCAGCAGUCGAGCGACGCGUACGCAGGUUGACGUAACCGCGAAGGAUGUUGCUGACUUUUCUGAGAAACUUUUUCAACCCGUUCUUCCCGGGAGAGGUCUGAGAGUUGGUUCAACGCUCUUGGUGGCACACGCUGAUUUUCAGCCGGUGAUACGAAAAAAUGAGGUCUCUCUGGCUGAUACUCGCCCUCGCCAGGAUCCUCGAGCUGGUCCUCGGGGACCGCGUGUGUCACCCUAACGACACCGACAUCAGCAUCCCUGGCCAGAGAUCGCAGAGGAUCUUGUCCAGACGAAGGCGUCUCACUUUUCCAAUGGGCAGCACAUUCGUGGCGACGGUGUCUAUCUUGCAAGCGAUUCCAGUUAAACUGCCCAGUAACUGGAACCUGGCGUUCGAAUUCGACGUGAUUUGGCCGAUACCCCCUGAGGAGAGCUUCCGGAAGAAGUAUCAUAAGAAGAGGCCGUGGAUGGUGAAACGACGUCAUCGUCGCGAAUUGUAUGCGACUUUCGAAUCCGCGUUGGAUAGCAGCGGAGCAACUUGUUUCAGUCGAAACUUACCAGGAAGACAAUGUGUUCUCAGAACCAUCUGCGAGGCAAGGACGCUGUUAAGUUCACCGGGUGUGUCGUUUGUGGAAGACGUUAUUCGAUUGAUAUUAAGUAACACGGAGAAAGUGAAGGGAAUCGAUUCCUACGACGUUGCUUACAGAACCGAGAUGCCGUGCGAUGUCGUUCAUCCUUGUCCAAUUUCUCUGUUGAAGCUCUUAUUGUUUAACUUAUACUCUGACGAUCUAGGUUAAUAAUAAACUUUUUUACUCGAUGAACUUUUGGUGCACGAAAGAUACCUUCCAAACCCAACGAUCCAUCAAAUUACAGCUCAAAAUCAAUGGCUCGAUACCGCUCUAUAUCUGAAUUUCCAUGCGAAUCUGUCAUGUCAAUUACAAGGAAUUUUACACGAAAUAUUACUUGAAAUUAUUGAUUAAAACGCAAAGUUUUAUCAAGAAUUCGAAUUAAAAAUGAAAAUUUCAAAUCGUUUGCAAAAAGAUCUUGUUCUAUUUCUUUUGAUAUUAGGAAAAAAAGUAAUGUAUUUAUAUAUAUAAUAAAAGAGAAUAUUAGGGAAAAAGUAAAGCAUAAAAGGUUUAUGUAAU